AUGAGGAAGGACAACCAGAGCAGCGUAUCCGAGUUCCUCCUCCUGGGGCUGCCCAUCAGGCCAGAGCACCAGGGCACCUUCUUUGCCCUGUUCCUGGGCAUGUACCUGACCACAGUACUGGGCAACCUGCUCAUCAUCCUGCUCAUCAGGCUGGACUCCCGUCUACACACACCCAUGUACUUCUUCCUCAGCCACUUGGCCCUCACUGACAUCUCUUUCUCAUCUGUCACUGUCCCUAAGAUGUUAAUGAGCAUGCGAACUCAGGAUCAAUCCAUUCCCUAUGCAGACUGCAUAGCACAGAUGUAUUUUUUCAUAUUUUUUACUGACCUGGACAGCUUCCUUCUCACCUCAAUGGCAUAUGACAGGUAUGUGGCCAUCUGUCACCCCCUCCACUACAUGACCAUCAUGAGUGAGGCACUGUGUGCCUUACUAGUGGCUGUGUCCUGGAUCCUGUCCUGUGCCAGUGCCCUAUCCCACACCCUUCUCCUGGCCCAGCUGUCCUUCUGUGCUGACAACACUCUUCCCCAUUUCUUCUGUGACCUUGGUGCCCUGCUCAAGCUCUCCUGCUCAGACAUUUCCCUCAAUGAGCUUGUCAUUUUCACAGUAGGAGUGGUUGUCAUUACUCUCCCACUAAUAUGCAUUCUGAUCUCUUAUGUCCGCAUUGGGGCCACCAUCCUGAAGGUUCCAUCUACCAAGAGCAUCUGCAAAGCUUUGUCUACAUGUGGCUCCCACCUCUCUGUUGUAUCUCUUUAUUAUGGAACAAUUAUUUGGGUCUAUUUUUUCCCCUCAUCCAGCACCUCCAGUAACAAGAACAUAAUUGGCUCUGUGAUGUACACAGUGGUCACUCCACUGCUGAACCCUUUCAUUUAUAGUUUAAGGAACAGGGACAUGAAGGGGGCUCUGGAGAAACUCCUCAACAGGCAAAAGUUUUGUCUCAACAACAUUUGCUCAUCUGUAUAA